GAAUAAAGUUCAAAACUUGCAUCAAAUACGGAAAGAAUCAAGAAGAAGCCAUGAAAGGGUUCACGAUUACUUCAUCUUCAGCUAAAUCGAGCACCACCACCGUUGAAGACUGCCGGAGCGAAACCCGAGACAGCUGCUAUUACCCUGGUUGCCAAAAAGAUGCCAAUUGCAACUGCGAAAUGUGCUUGGCUAGCAUCAACGCAACUCUCGAUCUCAUGCCCAUCAGCGUCCAGAAAAGCUCUUUCACUAAGCUUUCGUCUCCGCUGCCGAAUGUAGAACGCACCCCGAUUACUUUCGAUCCUUCGGUUAUGUCGACACCCAGAUCGAGUUCUUGCCCUGCGGUGGAAUCUCCAGUUCUGAAAUCGACUGCAAGGUGUAGCCUGCAAAAGGAGGAAGAGUCGACAAAGAAAGAGGGAGCCUUUGGGGGUGCUCUUCGGUGGUUUCUAUUGGGAUUAACUUUGUUCUUUGUGGUGGAAUUUGGCUUUCCUUGGUUAGUUUCUGGGGUUUUGAGGCCAGUUUUAACAAGGGAAACAGUGAAAUCUAUUGGGGAAAGAUCUACUGAUGUGAAAGAUUUGAAUGCCAAGCUGAGAUUCUUGCAGAAUGAAUUGAAGGGUUUUGUUCAUGGAAAAGUUUCAAAUUGCAGCAAUACUGAUUCUAUCUGGGAAAUUAAUCAGGAUGGUCCGCUCUUGUAUUCACAUUGUGUAUUGUACAAAUCGGCAGUGGAGGAGGUAAGAAUAUGGGGCUGGCCUCUGAAAACAGCAGGGUUACUCACAACUGGAUUUUCUUGGAGAUCAUUUACCAUCAUAUCUGGCGGAGUCAUAGAGUGGUUGGAUGGCAAUGUUGGGUUUUCAACUAGGAAGGCAAAUGCUUCAUGGCUGCAGGGGAAAUGGGGUGCCUCUGUUGUGCAGUUAGACCCUAAUACUUGGAUUCUCGAGUAUCGUCAGAGUUUGAUUAUGGAAAAUUCAAGGUUAUUUUCAGUUGCAUUUGAUCUCUUGAAGCAUAGGGUUUCCAGAUUGGUAAGAAGGAUGAAUGAAGAGUUCUGGCUGUUCUCUGCUUUGGAGUACCAAAUAAGUGGAUUUGCAGCAAAAGAACAUCUCAAGACCCCAACUUAAGAAGGGACACCAGUCUCAAGCUCAUCUACAUCCCAGUUCUCAUAGCUUAUGAGAGUUUCCUUUUAUAAUUUUUUUUGGCUCCUCAAAUUUGUUUGAUUUUGUGUAGGACUAGGAAAUGCCCAACGGUCAAUAUUUCCUUGCAGCUUUAGGAAAUAGAAAUGGAGAGGAAAAGUUCUUGACUUGAAAACCCAAUUUGUGAACACCCGAAUGUCCUAGAAUUGAACAGUACAUUUUAUUUUGUCCAAUGAGGGUACUAUAGUAUAAUUC